UUCCGUCUCCAUAAAGAAACUACCUUGUUAAUCUUGCGAGUAUGGAUUGCAACGACGCUGCAGCAGUAUUAAAAUUAGAAAAACACCUGGCCCUGCUUAAAGAGGAAUAUACGAAGUUACAACGAAAUUAUGGGGAAUUGGAACGCAAGUAUGGAGAAGUUAUCGCAUCAACAUCGGAUUUAGAAUCAACAGGACAGUUAAGCAGUUUUGUAUCGCGACUUUUAUUGACUGUUACCUCAUUGUAUGGGCGUUCGGUUUACUCUGAUAUAAGCAUAAGAACUAGUGCCAAAGUUAUGCCGGCGCACAAAUUUGUGCUCCAUGCUCGGUCAGAUGAGUGGGGCGAAGAAGUUCUUGAGGGAAAGCAGGAAUUGGAUUGGUCUGAUUUGGAAGAGGAUAUUGCGAUGUCCCUGUUACGGUGGACCUAUACGGAUAUAGUCGACUUGAAAAAUGAUAGGCUUGCUUUAGGCCUUCUACGUGUGUCCCAUCGAUUUGGUUUACCAACACUUUUGGGCUUGUGUGAGCGUGCUUUGGUAGCUUCGGUGGGCGUGCGGUCCUGUGUUCGAUUCUACUGUGUGGCAGAGGAAGUGGGAGCUUCUACUCUACUUGAAUAUUGCUCAGGAAUCAUAUCUACACACUGGGAUGAUUUGACUGCCCAGGAUUUCGAACACAUGUCUGGGCCUCUGCUGUUUAAAAUGCUAAAAAGCAAAACAAAGUACCCGCUUCAUGCCGCUGUUCGGCUGUUGCGCGAGGACGUUGUAUUCUUGUGCCUUAUUGAAAAUGAUGGAAUGUUACCAGAGCUGGUCAAUGUUUUGUCUGAAGACGGACAAUUACCACUCCAAAUGGCUUUAUGCGCUAAAAACUUGGCGAUCGCUCAAACUCUUAUAAAAAAUGGAAAUGCCGAUGUAAACGCCUAUGACGCCAAAGGCUCGACAUUGCUUAUAGAUGCUGUAACAAGAUCAGAUGAAUUUGCUGCAAAUUUUUUACUAGAUCAUGGAUGUAGUACGGAUCUUCUCUCCAGACCAUCAGCUGAUACCGCACUUCACAUUAUCUCCAGCUAUACGCGUACUAAGACAAACCAUGACACUUUUGAACGCAUGCUUAACGUUGGUAAAAAGAUCCUGCAACAUAAGCCUAAUGUCAAUAUUCAAAAUUUAAAAGGACAGACACCAUUACACGUUGCGAUUAUUUCGGAAAACACCGCUAUGGUGAAUCUAUUACUGGACGAUCCAAAUAUAGACAUCAACAUUCGAUCGAAAGACGAGAAGUGUGCCUUAGAAUUGAGUUUAAGACAAAGUAUGUCAUCAUCUAAUGAGGGGUUGGAGCUGGCAGCAAAACUGCUUAGACUAGGCGCAGAGCCAAACCCUUUAAAGUCGGUAACACGUGACAGUUUAUUACAAGUACUCUGUGAUGGAGGGAAACCAUUUGAGGAAGCCGCCAUAUUUUUAGCUGAUUUUGCCAAUUUAAACCAUGUAAAUGAAAGCGGAUUCACUGCGUUGCAUAUCGGUGCGCAGCAUAAUCUUGCCAGAUUGGUUGCAAAAUUACUUUCUUUAGGAGCUGAACCUAAUGUCCAACCGAUAGCUGCGGGUUUAAAGUCAGCUCUACACAUAGCUGUGAAGGCGAAUGCUAUGGAGGUUAUCAAACAGUUUGUUCAGUUUCAAAGCCAAGGAGAUCAAAAGCAUAAACCUGAUUUUAACUGCAAAGAUGCAGGUGGUGACUCACUCUUAAGCCUUAGUUUGGCUCUAAAUCAAACCCAUCUUGUUCCCAUACUUAUAAACGGUGGUGCUGAUAUCAAUGUAAGAAACGGCCGUGACCUUACAUUACUUCAACAGGCCAUACUAAACAAAGAUAGCGAAAUGGCGUUAUUUUUAUUAGAUCAGGGAGCUGACAUUAAUUCGUUAACAGGUCAACAGCAGACCGUUUUGGAGUUGUCUAUAAACUGUAACUUGCCAAAAGUGGUGGACGCGUUGUGCAAACGGGGGGUGGCACUUAGUGCUCAGGAAAAUGGUAGGGAUAUGCCAUUAUGGACAGCUUUGGAACUGGGUUUUGAUGAUGUUGCGCAAGUGCUCGUACAUCACGGUGUCGACACGGACUGCUGGAGCUCAGGGCCCGACGGAUGCCUGCAGACGCUUUUGCAUCGUGCAAUCGACGAAAAUAAGGAAACCAUUGCAAUAUUUCUAAUACGAAGUCAAUGCGAUUUAGAUUCCCCACGUCAGCCGGGACCGAAUGAUGAGAAUUGUGAGAUCGCUAAAGAAAAGGCAUCUCCGCUGCAUCUCUGCUGUCAGUGGGGCCUGACAAAGGUAUUGCAGACAUUAAUCGACCAUGGAGCCAGUGUCAAUGCUGUAGACGCAGAAAACAAGACUCCUUUGCACAUUGCAAUUGAAAACCAACAUGAGGAAAUCAUUGCCAUUCUGCUCUGCCAUCCCGGCAUUGACUUAAAAGUGCGUGAUAAUACGGGAAACACCCCCUUUGCUUCUGCUUUGGCGAUACGCAACCAUAAGGCAGCGCAAAGAAUACUUGAUCGACUCCCAAAUGCAGCCGAACAAAUGGAUCAACGUGGCCGCAACUUUCUUCACAUCGCCAUUAUGAGGGAUGACCUUGAGAGUGUUCUAUUUCUAUUGGCCAUACAAGUGGAUGUGAACUCACGGGUGCACGAUGCUACCCAGUCCACACCAUUGCAUUUAGCUGCUACUUCGCAAACUGAGAUGAUAACGCGCAAUCUUAUUCUAGCUGGUGCACGGAUCAACGAGCGAGACGCCGCGCAGAAGAUGCCUUUACAUAUUGCAGUAGAGCGCGGUAACCUAUCUGCAGUAUCUGCCCUAAUUCAAAACAACGCUGAUUUCGACGCUACUGAUGCCGAAGGGAACAACGCUCUUCAUAUAGCCGUACGUGGCGGCCAGCUAUCAAUUGUUAGAGAGUUGCUGACAGAGUCACGCGUAAAUGCUGAGGCGUUAAAUCUAAAGGGUCGUAAUCCUAUGCACGAGCUGUGCCGCGUCGUAGAGGAUAACAACGGGGCGUCCAUAUGUGAAUUGUUUCUUGAGUGCAUGCCGACGUAUCCCAUUAAUGCGCCUGAUAUGGACGGCAACACACCAUUGCUGAUAUCGUUUAUGCGUGGACAGGCGCCGCUUUGCAAAGUCCUUGUUAAGAAUGGUGCGUGCUUGGGCACUGAAAACAGGGAUGGAAUAAAUAUUUUUAAUUUUAAAUUGGCCACGGAUCAGUUGCUACACAAAUUGUUGGACCAGUUACCCCAAGAAUCGCCGUGGGCUGAAUCGGAUCUGUGCCAGGAAUGUCACAUAAAGUUUUCCCUUACUAUGCGGAAACAUCAUUGCAGGCAUUGUGGUAGAGUACUGUGCUCAAAAUGUUCCAACAACGACGUUCCCAUUCUUAAAUUUGGUAUUAACAAACCUGUAAGAGUUUGCGGUGUCUGUUUUAAUGUACUUCAUGGCAGUAGCAUAUGAUAUCCUCUAUGAUAAAAGUAUUUAAAAAACUCUA